UACUUAUUAUAAAAGAAAGGAUUUUAUUGUAACUUCAUAAAACUUUAUCAUGAAUAAUAAAACAAAAUUCUGUAUUUUUCUAAUGAAAAUUUUAUGGAAAAGUUGUUUAAAAUUUUAUUUUUCUUACCAGCCAAACUUGUAGUAUUCAUGAAAUUUUUUUUUUUUAUUUUCUUGUUGGUAGGAGGGGAUAGAAAAAUGGAUUGGAAAACGAGGAGAGAGUUUUUUUGGUUGGAUAGGAGGAAUAAAGAAAAUAUUGAAUAAUGUGACACUUUAUUUUGUUGAAUUAAAAUAAAGAAUUUAGAGUUUUUUUUUAUUUUUUUAUUUUUUUUAUUUUUAUUAUAUAUAUAUAUAUAUAAUUUUAUAAAUAAUUAAAACAAUUCUCUUCCAUCCUUCAUCGUCCUUCCAACCAAACAUAGAGUUUUCCCACAGCUCUCUCUCUCUCUCUUUGGUCUCCAUAUCUUUGGCAUGAAUGUGGCCCAUAGCAUCACUCUUUAGUUUUUUAACGAACAUUACCUAUUUUCUUUCCUUUCAUUCCACCGCAUGCUCGGUCUCUCCCUCACUGAAUUAGCAGUGUAUAAUGCGGAAACAAGGAAAUAAUGCAAAGAUGUGGCCAGCUGAAGUUGACAAGACCGCUCUAUCAAUGGAACCUCAUGCUUCGAUCGUCCACCGAAGAUGGCUUCUUCACGGAGACACUGAAAAUUUACUCGUCAAUGGCCAAGUCCGGUGUUCAUGGCUCCAAUUUCACCUUCCCUCCGGUUCUCAAGUCCUGCGCUAAACUCUGCUUCAUACGAGAAGGCGAAAUGGUCCAUUCCUCUGUACUCCGCAUGGGUUUUCAGGCCGAUGUCUUCGUGCAAACCGCUCUGAUCGACAUGUACUCAAAAUGCUCCGACUUGGUGUCUUCCCAUAAAGUGUUCGAUGAAAUGCCUGUGAGAAGCUUGGUCUCUUGGAAUUCCAUGAUUUCCGCCUGUUGUCGUCAUUCUCGUGUAAAUGAAUCAUUUGGGUUAUUGAAACAAAUGCAGUUUCUAGGGUUUGAACCCAGCUCCGCCACGUUUGUAAGCAUUGUGUCAUGUUGCUCGCUUGGACAAGGCUUGUCAAUUCACUCCUACGCAAUUAAACUUGGACUUCACUCCGAGUUACCACUGUCGAAUUCGCUUAUGAGUAUGUAUGUCCAUUUGGGUCAAGUUAAAGAUGCUCGUAGUAUUUUUAAUUUGAUGUGUGAGAGAUCAAUCAUAUCUUGGACAACCAUACUUGGUGGGUAUGUAACCGUUGGGGAUGUUGCCCAAGUGUUUGAUAUGUUUAACCAAAUGCGACAAGUAAGUGUAAGCCUGGAUCAUAUCGUAUUCUUAAACCUUGUUUCGGGCUGUGUACAAUUGAGAAAUUUGUUACUAGCUUCAUCAGUUUACUGUGUCAUACUCAAAAGUGGAUGUGACUGUGAAGAUCCAAUUGAUAACUUGCUCGUAACCAUGUUUUCAAAAUGUGGUGACCUUGUGUCUGCUCGAAAGAUAUUUGAUAUGGUACAUGAAAAAAACGUGCUUGUGUGGACAUCACUGAUUAGUGGGUAUACUCAUUUUGGUAAGCCUCAUGAAGCAGUAGAGCUCUUCAAGAAAUUGUUGGGAACAACUGUUAGACCAAAUGAAAUUACAGUGGCUACCGUACUCUCAGCUUGUGCUGAUAUAGGGUCACUGAGCAUGGGUGAAGAGAUUGAAGAGUAUAUUUUGAGGAGUGGGUUACAAUCAGAUUUGCGGAUUCAGACCUCAUUAAUACACAUGUUCUGCAAAUGUGGAAGCAUAAAGAGGGCAAAAGAAGUGUUCGAAAGGGUGUCGGAAAAAGACUUAGCUGUUUGGAGUUCCAUGAUAAAUGGUUAUGCCAUUCAUGGGAUGGGAGAAGAGGCUCUCAGCCUCUUUCAUAAGAUGCAACUUGAAGAAGAAAUUAAACCGGAUGCUAUGAUGUACACAAGCGUAUUAUUGGCUUGCAACCACUCAGGCUUGGUGGAAGAUGGACUCCAGCAUUUUGAAAGCAUGCAGAGAGAAUUCGGAAUAGAACCCAGCAUAGAACAUUAUUUGUGCAUGGUAGAUCUUCUUGGCCGAGCUGGUUGCCUAGACUUGGCUAUGAAAACCAUUCAGGAGAUGCCUGCCGAAGUACAACCUCGAGUUUGGGCUCCAUUUCUCAGUGCAUGCAGAACGCAUAAAAACAUGGAGCUAGGGGAGUUUGCAGCUCAGAAGUUGUUGGAUAUGAAGUCUGCAAGUACUGGAAGUUAUGUAUUAAUGUCUAAUUUUUAUACAUCCGUGGGGAAGUGGAAAGAGGCAGCUGUCACCCGAAGGUUAAUAAAUGAACUAGGAUUGGUGAAAGAACCUGGUUGGAGCCAAAUUGAGGUAAAUGGUUCCUUCCAUGUCUUUAUUGCAGGAGACCGAUCUCACCAUCGGUCGGUGGAUAUCUAUGCGAAGCUAGAGGAGCUAAAUAUUAAGCUCAUGGAAGCUGGAUAUAUUGCAGAAACAGAUUUGGUGGUUCAAGACCUGGAAAAGGAAGAGAAGGUUGAAGCUCUUAAGGUUCACAGUGAGAGAUUGGCUAUUGCAUUUGGGCUCAUUAAUACUGAAGCAGGUGCUACUCUGACGAUAAUAAAGAACCUGCGAACUUGUGAUGAUUGUCACACUGCUUUGAAGUUCAUCUCAAAAAUUACAUGCAGGCAUCUUAUUGUGAGAGAUGGACAGCGCUUUCACCAUUUUGAGUCUGGUUUGUGUUCAUGCAAGGAUUACUGGUGAUUAUGUUCCCAAAAUCUGUAGCAAAGUGUAGGUACAGAGUGAUCUCUGACCCUUAUUUCAUCUAUUCUAUCUCCUUCAUGAGCUCGCAGAGUCGACUAUGAGGGAAGUAAUCCUUCUCCAAGGGAAGGUUACGUAUUCAUCAAAUAGGCUUUCCCCCUGCACCCCUGCUUGAUGGGUGAUGCUCAACAAAGAUAGUUGAUCAGUAGCCAAUCCAGGUGGGGCUGGUGAGGUUUACUUCAAGGUGACUUGGGGAAAUAGUUGCGGGCUUUGUUUAUAAAUUUGGGAAUCUGCAUAAAUUUUGGUAGGGCUGGUUUGGAAUGGAAGUUCCAGGAAAAUCAUUGUGGAUUCCUACUAUACUGAACCCAUCUCUUCUCUGACGUCAAACAUGUCAACACAUCUAUACGAUGCUAAGCUCAUCAAGAAUGUCACAACCUGUAGUCAUGCCAAAUCAAGCACAAUUAUCAUAAUGCGAUCUUUGGUACAGAUUAGCUGGCAAAUUACAAAGAUCCCAUUAUGAUAAUUGUGCUUGAUUUUUAAGAGGUUUCGUUAUCUUCACUUCCCCUCGCUCCUGGUAUCCUAAAACCUCUUAAAAAUUCUACUUGACAAGGACUGUUUUUGUAGCUUCGCUCCUCUGUGCAUGUACACACAUACAAAAAUGAAAGGGAAUUUUCAUGCUUGAAAGGACUAUUUUUUCACGCUGCUAACCACUCUCUCUCUAUCAACUAUAAUGGAGUCCAAACAGAGGAAGAGCCUUUGCUUUGAAGAUAUCUCUUGCUAUAUGCAUUUUGAAGAAGCAGUGAAAUGUCCAUGAAGAGAAACAUAGCAAUUACCCCGAUUAGGUUGUUCUCACGUUCACAUUUUCCACUCCCAACAGUUAGGUGAAGUUUGCAUAUACCAGGUGUUCUCAAAGUUUGUUGGUGACAAUUGCAGCUUUGAUGGGGCAAAGACAUCCAUUACAGAAUGUUAACCUCGACUGAUACUCCCAGUUGGUGUAAAAAUUAGUAAGAAACUGAUUGAAGAAUUUGAAGGCAAAUGCGUAGCAAAUGUCGUUGAUUAAUUAUUUUCAUAUAAGACUAAAUUUGUGUAUGGAUGACGUUAUUUUUGGAACAUUGUUGAACUAAAUACUAUCUUUUUCAUUUCGGUGAUAAUAAAUGGAGCAAUGUGUACUCAUGGAUCAAUGU